GCCGGUGGGCGGGCAAUCCCUGGUAACACAGCGCACGCUGCUUGUCCCUCAGAGGCACAGGCCAAGCCGGCGCUAUCCCGGCGCCGCUAGCAAUCGCCUGCGACUCGUGGCGUUGCCGGCAGGACGGCGGCCACAUUUUCCAUCUAGGGAAAAUGCACCGAAUAGCGGAGAGGGCAGGCGGCUUGAGAAGAGUCUCGCUCUGCCUUCAUUCGCUGGCCGACCGGAACAAGGCUCCAUGGCUUGGCCAUCCUUGGAGUGUCUUGCCAACUUCCUGUCAUGGAAAAGCUUGGCCUCAACCCUGGCUUCUUGGCCCGAUGGAUAUCUGGGGUAGACGACUCUGGCACGGCUUGGCAAAUGCCCACUUCAGGGAACCAGUAUUAGGAUCAUGGCAGGUGGAUCUUGGCGUAGGAUUGCCAGUCUUAUCAACAGAUGCUCGGCCAGACCGCUCUGGGUGUUGCAAGUUGGUGGAUUCUGGGAAGUCCCUGUGUGAUAAGGAAGAUUGCAAGCAGAUAGGCAGCAGGCCGUCAUCCCGCGCCAGUCUUCUUUCCUGUCUUUGUACUCCACAGAUUGUGUUUUUACGCACAAAUUUGUAUUUGACAAGUUGGAACUGAUGAACUGCUCUUUGCGAGCCCAGCCCAAGAUCAAGGCGUGGGAAGGCGAUGGGGGAAUGGACUGCAACAAGGGGAGGGACCGACCCAUAAAAUGGGGCUCAAUCACGGAUUACACUAGUUCACCUUAAAACAAUGCGGGGGAAGCCACGGCGGGAAUUUUUGAUAC